GGGUUGGUCGGCUCAAUGGCAAGUCUACCGUUUGCAAUGCGAACCGGCGGCUUAGGGUUGCAGCUCCUAGGUCUUGGUUUAUUUCUAAACAGCCCGCCAUUGUUUUGAAGUCAGUCUUCACAAUACAAGAGCAGUUGAGUAACGAACCAAAUGAGUGAUUUCACAACGACAGAGUUAUUCUCUCUCUCAUGGUCUUCAACCUCACAUGGCGUCCUCGGAACCAUCUUCCCUCCCUUCUCUCUGCCUUUCUCUUUCGUUUCAUCUCCAACCAAAAAAGCCUCUCCAGAAAACUCGUGCGAUUCCACAACCCCAUUUUGCAGCAUCAAUCUUAUUCCAUGGACUUAUCUCAGAGGUUUCUCCAAGGCAUGAAAGCUUGUUCAACUCUCAGGUCAAUACCCAUUGCCAGAGAACUCCAUGCCCAACUCAUUUCCACGGGGUUGGUCUCUUCUGUCUUCCUCCAAAACCACCUCGUGAACAUGUAUUCCAAUUGCGGAUCAAUUGAUGACGCUUACCAAGUUUUUCUUGAAAUUGAUUUCCGUAAUGUUUUCAGUUGGAACACGAUGAUUAAUGGGUUUGCGGAUUUGGGGCGGAUGGGAAAAGCAGAGCAGUUGUUCGACGAAAUGCCUGAGAGAGACUCUGUUUCAUGGAAUUCCAUAAUGUCCGGUUAUUUCCAUAAUGGGCAACCGGAGGAUGCUAUCAAAGUUUUUGUUUUGAUGAUUCGGGAUUGUAAUUGUUUCCCAGAUUCGUUAUCUCUCUCUUGUGUGAUGAAGGCUUGUGCCAGUCUUGGGCAUUUAAAUUUGGCUGUUCAAUUGCAUGCCCUUGCUGAGAAAUUUGGUUUUGGCAGAGAUUUCUUUCUGGAAUCGUCAAUUAUUGAUAUGUAUAUCAAGUGUGGUGCACUGAAUUUUGCUGAACGAGUGUUUUCAAGAACAUCAAAUCCUAGUUUGUUUUGUUGGAACAGUAUGAUUUAUGGUUAUUCAAAAUUAUGUGGCGUAGGAAGUUCUCUUGAUUUGUUCAGUCGAAUGCCUGAACACGAUGCUGUUUCUUGGAACACAAUUAUUUCCAUCUUGUCUCAACAUGGCUAUGGUGCCCAAUCUCUUGAUAUGUUCAUACAGAUGUGGAUACAGGGUUUCAGACCCAAUUCCAUGACGUAUGCUAGCGCUCUAAGUGCAUGCACAGGUAUUUAUGAUCUGAGAUGGGGUCUUCAUCUGCAUGCUCGUAUUAUUCGAAUGGAAUCUAGUCUUGACGUGUAUGUGGGCAGUGGUUUGAUCGAUAUGUACGCAAAAUGUGGAUGCUUGGAAUCUGCAAGGAGGGUGUUUGAUAUGCUACCAGAACACAAUGCAGUCUCGUGGACUUCUUUAAUUGGAGGAUUAGCGCACUUUGGGCAUGAAAAAGAAGCUUUGGCAUUAUUCAAACAAAUGAGGGAGGUGCCUGUGGCCUCAGAUCAAUUUACUCUCGCUACUAUUCUUGGAGUUUGUUCUAAUUUAAAGGAUAGUUCUCUUGGAGGACAGCUUCAUGCAUAUGCAAUAAAUGUCGGAUUAGAUUUCUAUGUUCCCGUAGGAAAUGCUAUUGUCACAAUGUAUUCUAGGUGUGGAAAUGUUCAGAGUGCAAGCUAUACAUUUGAGUUGAUGCCAAUAAGAGAUAUUGUCUCAUGGACAGCAAUGAUAACUGCAUUUUCUCAGGCUGGAAAUGUUGAAUAUGCUCGCAAAUAUUUUGAUAAAAUGCCAGAGAGGAAUAUUGUAUCAUGGAAUUCAAUGUUAGCCACAUAUAUACAACACGGGCUUUGGGAAGAUGGUCUCAGAUUAUAUAUUCUGAUGUUCAGGGAGGAGGUUAAGACAGAUUGGAUUACUUUUACAACUUCAAUCAGUGCCUGUGCUGAUUCAGCUGUUUUGGUACUUGGUAAACAAAUCAUAGCUCAAGCUGAAAAGUUGGGAUUUUGUUGUAAUGUUUCAGUUGUAAAUAGUAUUGUCGCCAUGUAUUCGAAGUGCGGACAAAUUAGAGAUGCAGAGAAAGUUUUUGAUUCUACAGUUAUGAAGGAUUUGAUUUCUUGGAACACAAUGAUGGCUGGAUAUUCUCAGAGCGGUCAAGGUAGGAAAGUGAUAGAAACUUUCCAGGAUAUGUUAAAAUUGGGCUUUACACCUGACCAUAUAAGCUAUGUAUCUGUGCUAUCAGGUUGUAGCCAUUCAGGUCUUUUACAUGAAGGGCAACAUUACUUCAGUGUGAUGACGAAGGAUCAUGGUAUCUCUCCUACUUGUGAACAUUUUGCAUGCAUGGUAGAUCUACUUGGCCGUGCUGGAUUGCUAGAACAGGCCAAAGAUUUGAUCAAUGAAAUGCCCCUUGAACCGAAUGCUGCUGUUUGGGGAGCUCUACUUGGUGCCUGUCGGAUUCAUGGAGAAAGAAAACUAGCAGAAAUUGCAUUGAAGAAUCUAAUUAAGUUGGAUGAGGUAGACUCUGGAAGUUAUGUCCUUUUAGCCAAUAUAUAUUCAGAUUCUGGAAAGUUAGAAGGUGUUUCAGAUAUGCGAAAACUAAUGAAAGAGAAAGGAAUCCGAAAGAAUCCAGGUUGCAGCUGGAUCGAGGUCGAUAACAGGGUGCACGUGUUCAACGUAGAUGACACUAAUCACCCACAGAUUAAGGAUGUUCGUAAAAUGUUGGAGGAGAUCGCUAAGAAGAUAGAAGGUUUGGAAAACGAUGUUAAUGAGACUGUUUCUGUUCAGCAUAGGAGCUACCACAGUAAAAAAACUAGCAGUGGCUUCUGGGAUGUAGGACGCCUAUCCAGGCUUUCCUCUGAAGUCAGUGGACCAAUCUCUGGGAAGUGUGGUCCCCAUGAUUCCACGAACAUAUCCUUCAGUCCCGGUCGAGUGGGGAGGCUGCAAUGCUCCACCUCUCAGAACACUUUUACUGUUCAAGUUCAAGCAGGGUACAUGUAUCAUCUUUGUCCCUCAAUGGUAUUAAUAUAGAUAUAGAAUUCCUAUGAUCAGUCUACUGCUUCUUGUGUCACUGAGGUGGUGGCAGAACAAAUCCUUGAACCUUUUCUUGACUGGUAUUAUAUGGUUAUAUCUUGUCAAUAUAGUUUGCUAAUAAUUCUCCAAAUUCUGUUACAACUUUUUGGAUAUUUGUCAUUACUGAACACUUCAAAUCACUUAAUACAUCUUUUCUAGUUCAUGAAUGGGGGGAACUUUCUCCUUGAUUUCUAUUUAAAUGGCAGUGUGAUCAAA